UUAUGUGGGAAGUAAAUUUUACGGAUAGAAGAAGACACAUCAUAUACUCGUCGAAGAAGAAGAAGAAGAAGAAGAAGAAGAAAGCUCCAGAGAUGGCGGGCCGAGACAGAGACUGGGAUUUCCUUCUCCGAACAAUCUCCAACAGCGCCCGUGACUCCAACUUCGCCGCCGAUCCCGCCGCCGACCCUUCUCUCCUUCACUCGGUAAAGAAGCUCUAUGAGCUGUGUAAAGCUGAGAACUCGGAGGAUCUUGUGGCUCGGAUAUAUCCGCAAAUCAACAAGCUCUUUCAACGAGCGGUGGCUUCGAUGUCUCAGUCCAGAACUUCUUAUGGCCUCCUCUUGCUGGCUAUUCUCCAGUUUUACCUUGAUUUUGGGGAUGUGGUUCUUCAUGAUGCUGAUCCGAGUCUGAGGACAUUUUUUCGGUCUUGCUUGAGCCGUGAGUUUGCAGAUUCAGUUGUUGCUGAAGCCACCCUAGAUUUUCUGAAUGCAAAUAAGAAAAAGCUGCUGGUUUCUUUUCCAACCUUGCUGCCACAGUUCUUCCCUCUACUGCUUAAGCUGAUUGCAUGGAAUGGAGAGAAGUUGGAAAAAUCUUUUCGACAGAUUUUCCCUGCUUUGAUAUCUCCUGGAUCUUUCCUUCCUAUGUUUCUAUCUCUGAUGGACCUGCCAGUGUUGGUUGUUGCAUUAGAAAAGGUAGAGCGAACCUCUGGAUCUCUUAUUGGAAGCAGCAUAGCGUCAAUUCAGCAGAGCACGGCUCCUAAGAUGUUACUUGAUCUCAUGGAUGAAGCAUAUACUGGAUCCACCAUUGGUGAUGGUGAGGCGGACUCUGAAUCUGAGGAUAACAAUACCAUUGAUGUUGCCGACCCACUCUUUCUUGACCUUCUGAAGGAUGAGAAUGAUGGCCUCACUGAACGCCACUGGACUUCUCCUGGGAUGACUGCUGCCUUGCAGGCUGCUAUUAAUUCCCCUCAAUCUGAUCGAUUAAAACAAGUCCUAAAUAUAGCUCCUCGACUUCUUGAUGUGUAUUUUGCUAUAGCUCUUCGUGAAGUCAACGACUCUAUAAUAUGCGCACUGAUUCCCCAGCUCAUGUCAAGAGUUGCAACGACUUUUCCAGACAAAACCUUUUCCCACAAGGUCCAAAAGAGGCUCCUAGAAUUCAUGCUUUCUUCAUUCCAACGCUCUCCAAACUUUGUUGCACUACUUAAGAAGCCAAUAAUGGAUAGGCUUGGCGAAGCUUACGACAGCCCUGCAAAGACUGAACUGGCACUGCAACUGUGUUGGGCCAUGGGAGAGUAUGCAGGGGGUGGCCCAUCUCAGAAAGAUGCAGCACGGGAGCUCUUCGAGAAUCUAGAGCUUCUUUUAUAUGAAAACCUGUCGUCUAGUCGUCUCGGCCUAAGACAGGAGUCAAACAUCGGUGAAACAUCCAGAUGCUCAUCCCAGUCAAGGCUGCUCUGUUUUGUUGUCACAGCGAUUGCAAAGCUCGCCACUGUUCACCGCGAACUUCUACCGAGGGCUCGUGUGUCUUUGGGAAAGGUGGCCCGUUCUCGAAUUUCAGAUGUCAGGGUGUGGCAACGAGCCCGUGAUUACCUGGGUUUAAUGACCGAGCCUGCAAUCUCUCUGUCUGUCUUGGGGCCUUCACAACCUUCGGAUGAGAACAUGCAGAGCCCUGGAAUCGUGGACUGGAGCAAAGGCAUCCGAAAGAUGACUGCACAUGUUCCCUUCUACAUUCUCCGUGAUCAGGAAGGUCCGCCUUUCCAUGACUUUUCAUUUUCUGAUAUCCUUCCAGCUCGGUGAACCCAGCUCGGUCAAGAGAAGCUGCUCCUCUCCAGCUCUCGAAUCUUAAAUCAGCUGUUCGAGCAUCGCUGAUUGAUCAAUAUCUCUCAAGGAUCUACUUAAUGCAGAGAACAUUGAAUGUGCGAUUCCAGAAUUUUAGGAAAUUUUGCUUCGUCCCCUCUAUAGAAUUAAAAUUUUCUUUUACCGUUUCCUCCACACCACAUUCUUGAUUCUUGUAUGUGUGUUCGAUGUCUAUAGUAUGUAUCUAUACAUGCCUGCAAUCCAUUAAUAAUGAAAUUUCAAGCCCGACCUUAGUAGAUUUUAUGAGCUUC